AUGGCGGCGGCCCCUUCCGCCCAAGCCCGCGUCACGCUUCAAGACGCGUUCGAGCGGUUUGCAUCCACCGUCGCGCCAGACGACAAGCGACUGUUCCACAACACCCAGCUCAACGAUGUCCGCGAUGAGGCGAUACAUAUUGAGCGUCAGCUUCGCGCCCGCCGGACGCAAAGGUGCAUGGCCCGGCUGGACAAUUUCCUUCGGGGAAUGGAGCAUUACUCCAAGGUGGUCGAAGUGCUCUGCAAUGGGACGCCUUUCCUGCCAUGGAUCUGGGCACCGGUAAAGCUAAUGCUUAUGAUCACGGCCGAUUCUAUCAGUGCGUUCGAGAAGUUGAUAGAAGCCUACGGCAAGAUUGGAGACAUUGUUUCUCGCCUGGAUCGUCUUGGCGAUGCACUUGUCAACGAUCACAACUUUCAAAAUGUGCUAGCUCUAGUAUACUCUGACAUUGUAGAGUUUCAUCGUCGAGCUUACAAGUUUGUGAAAAGGAAAUCAUGGUCCAUAUUCUUCAAUUCUAUGUGGGCUGGCUUUGAAUCUCGGUUCAAUGGGAUACUGAAAAACCUGGCAUAUCACACUGAGCUAGCCGACAAGGAAGCUGCCGCAGCGGACAUCGCUGAAUCCGUCCGACGUAGCAAAGCCGAUGACGAGAAUUGGGAGCAACAAGAGCGCGAGUGGACUGCUGUCAAGAUUCAAAAAGUCUUAGCCUGGCUGGGAACGACUGAUACACUCCCAGCCGACUUGCUUGACCGGCACCUCCGAGAUUACUUGCCACACAGCUGCGAUUGGUUCAUUCAGCACAAAGCAACAGAUUUAUGGCUAGGAGAUAGCGCAAAGAAUCCCCUUCUGUGGCUUUGCGGUAAACCAGGAGCUGGGAAGUCGAUGAUAUGCUCUGCCCUUGUGCAGCACACCGAGACGAACGCCGUUCAUGUGUUCUAUUACUUCUGCAGUUUCCUUGGAAGCCGCUCCGAUGGUCCGAGCCGUCUGCUUCGAUCUCUCAUAUCGCAGGUCAUCCAAAAACAUCAGGAUCUCGCCAUAUACGUUCACGACGUCUACUUUAAGUCGAAUCCUGAACCCACGAAGAAAGCGUUGUUGACACUUCUCCCUGAACUUCUCCGAGGUUUGGGAUCCGUGCGGCUUAUCGUAGACGGUAUUGACGAAUGGGCUUCACGGGACCAAAAGGAGCUUCUCAAUGACCUUUCGCAGAUGAUCUCAACCGACCAAUCUUCCCAUAUCUGCAAGAUCCUGGUCGCGAGCCGAGACACCAUUGCCACCUCUCGGCGCAAGAAGGACAAAUUGUCAACGAUGAUCUCUCUCAGCAAUGGCGACGAAGGUCUUGCAAUCACUCGUGCGAUUGCCAGUUUUGUCGAUGAUAAGCUUGCUGAUCUUCCUGAUCACUUCGAAGAGCUCGACCCUGAUUCCUCGAUCAUGGCUCAUGUCAAGAAGACUCUGCUUGAGAAGUCUCAGGGUAUGUUCUUGUGGGUGAGCCUCGUGCUGCAAUCACUCGAUACGGUGUAUAGCCCCGAGGAACUACGUACUAUCGUCGACAACCUUCCUUCUGAUCUGGAGGCUCUUUACAAACAGAUCGUGACUCGUCUCUGCAGCGCCCCAGGUGCCCAAAGCUACGGAGGCGUGCCGCGCAUCAUGAGCUGGAUAUGCUUCUCACGGAGGCCUUUGCAUAGAUCAGAGCUACUGCAGGCGCUGUCUAUGUUUCCAGACGACAUGAGCUCUCAGAUGCGAAGUAUUCCUGUCGCUUCUAUUCUUGACCACUGCAAACCGCUUAUCGAAGAACUACCUGAUUCAACGAUAGUACCAGUCCACUUCUCGGUGAAAGAGUAA